UCUCUCAGGGGGGUGGCGUUCGCUGCUGUUGUUUUCUCAACGGUAGCCGUUUCCGCUUGCCUGAUCACCUUCCCAUUAGUAUUCCACUAUGUACAAACGCUCCAAGCAACUGUUCAGGGAGAAGUCGAGUACUGCAAAUCUCGUUCAAGAGACAUGUGGCGUGAAAUGGUGGAAGUCGCUCCAGAAGGUGGAGAGGACCCUCUAGACAUUCUUCUCCGUACCCCUCGUCAGGCUGAAGCUCAAUGCUGUACAUGUCAACAGGGUCCACCUGGUCCAGACGGUCAACCAGGACCUGACGGCAAGGAUGGACAACCAGGAGCCGGACCUGGUGAGCCUGGACCUCCUGGACCGGAUGCUGAUGCCCAUGCCAAGCUGCACCGGGUAUGGCAGGACCAGCAGGACCACCUGGACAAGACGGAGCUCCUGGACAACCCGGUGGUAAUGGCAACGACGGAGCUCCCUGGUCCACAGGGUGCUGCCGGACCACCAGGACCUCCUGGACAACCCGGUCAGCCUGGACAACGUGGACCUCCUGGAGAACCUGGACAACUUGUGCCUGGAGGACCUGCCCCACCUGGCCCACCUGGACCUCCUGGACGCCCUGGAGCUCCCGGACAACCCGGAAAAGCUGGAGCACCUGGAAGAGACGGUGAUAAUGGAACACCUGGAAGCCCUGGAGAACCUGGUCAACGAGGACCACCUGGACCACCAGGACCUGCCGGUGCACCAGGAAAUGCUGGAGACAACGGCUCGCCUGGCAGUUGCGAUCAUUGCCCUCCAGCCCGUCUUGCUCCAGGCUAUUAA